AGUACAAGUGUGAAAUGGAGGCAGUGAGGAUGGUCACAGCUGGCUGAGGUUCACGCACUGACCCCGCAGGUACAAUCCAGGCUGAAAAGAAACAGAAGCCAUGAAAGAAGAGUACAGGGCAGAGGGUGGAGGCCAGGCUCUGUUUGAGGACCCGGACUUCCCCUCUGACGACACGUCCCUGUUGUCUGACAGCUCCACGCCCAUCGGCAGGCUGAAGGGAGACGUCACUUGGCGACGCCCACAGGAGAUCUGCCAGUCGCCAGCUUUCUUCCCUGACAACAUCAACCUGGGUCACGCAAAGCAAGGCUUAUUAGGAGACUGCUGGUUUCUCUGUGCCUGCACCGUCUUGCUAAAGAACAAACAUCUACUCAACAAGGUGCUGCCUCCAGACCAGCAGUGGGGUGACAGCAGGUACAGGGGCUCCUUCCAGUUUUGUUUCUGGCAGCAGGGACACUGGACAGAGGUCACCAUCGAUGACCGUCUGCCCUGUAUCAAUUCCACUCUCUGCUUCUCACGCUGCCACUCCCCCACUGCCUUUUGGGUGGCCCUGUUGGAGAAGGCCUAUGCUAAGCUACAUGGCUCAUAUGAGCGACUAUGGGCAGGGCAGGUGGCCGAGGCCUUGGUGGAUUUGACCGGGGGCCUGGCGGAGCGCUGGAACUUGGAAGACGGUGGGUCAGAGGAGGAGCAGAGACAAGAACAGGAUAGCGACCAGGUCAGGAGGCGAAAGCUGGACCUGAACCUUCUGUAUCCAGUGAAAGACCAGUGUGCGAUAAGCUGCUCCACUCACAGCAGCCCCGGAGGUGCCAGCGAACUGGGUCAGUACCAUGCCAUGACUGUCAUGGAGUGGUUGAAUGUGAAGACGGUGUCAGGGAGUGAAGUACUGCUGCUCAGGAUCCGAAACCCCUGGGGAAGAUGCUGCUGGGGAGGGGCCUGGAUAGGAAAUGGAGCUGGUUGGAGCUCUGUCGAUCCUGUUUCUGCUUUGGAUCUACAAGCCAGGGUGGCCGAGGGCGAGUUCUGGUUGGAUGAGACUGAAUUCCUGUCCCAGUUUGAUGAUGUCACAGUGGGCUACCCCAAUGAUGAGGGGCACCUAAAGAGCAUCUAUACUG